AUGACUAAUAGUAUUUUAUCAUCAGGAAAACAUGAUCUACGUAAUUUAUAUCCUAUUGCAGAAAAUAUUUCUUUAUUAAAUAAUAAUGAUUUUCAACGAAUAUCAUCAAAUGAAAGUAUUUUAACAUCUAUUGAAAAUAAUGAAACACAAUAUACAAUUGAUUUUAUUCUUGUCUAUGAAGAAACAUUAUAUAAUAAUGAUAUAGAUUCAUUUGAACAUGCACAAAAAGCUAUGAGAAAAAAUUUUGAAGCUAAUUUACAACAUUAUGGUCUAAUUUUAAAUUAUAGAAAAUUUCCACUUAAAAAUCAACGACAACGAGUUUUUGUUUUAAUUACAACACCAUUUGAAAAAUUACUUGAAAUGUGUGAAAUCACUCGUACCUAUUUACCAUUAGAUCGUAUUAAUCCUGUAUUACGUCAAUUACUCACUUAUCCAACAUUAACUUAUGGUUUACCAAAAAUAUUUUUACCAGAUUCAAUUGUAUUUGAAGAAAAUAGUAAACGUUCUAAUUAUGUUUUUUAUCCAUAUUCAAAACGAUUACAUAAUAAAUUUGCUCGUUAUUUUAUACAUUAUAAUUCACGUAUGACUAGUAAAGAUAAUAUAUUUACUAUUGCACAACGAACACGUUUAACAUUUGAAAUACUUUCUCGUAUGCCUUUAUUACCACCAACAAUAAAACGAUUUCAUUCAACAACAAUUUCAAAUCAAUUAUAUUCAAGUAGAACAACAUUUGAAUCAUUAACAAUUAAUUUAGUACCAUCAACAAGAGUUAGUUUUAGUUCUAUACCUCAUGAUGAUAUAAUAAAUAAAUUAAAUGAAUUUAAUCGACAUCCUAUUGCUAAAGUUCUUUCAUCACAUCAAUAUGCAUAUGGAAUAAAUAUACUUAUUAAAAUUGGAAUUUAUUUAACUGCUUAUCCACCACAUGAACAAUGUCAUUCAAAAUUUAUUAUUAAUUAUAAUCAAACAUUUAAUACACGUGAAUUACUUUAUUUAUAUUGGGCACAAAUAAAACAUAUAUUCAAAAUACAACCUAUUGAACUUAUACGAGCUUAUUUUGGUGAAAAUAUUGCUCUAUAUUUUGUCUAUUUGGGUUGGUAUACUUAUAUGCUUAUAUUACCAUCUAUUAUUGGAUGUUUUGUUGCGGGUUAUUCAAUUAUAAAUGUUUUUUUUGAUAUACCAACAUUAGAAACAUGUAAUGGUUCGAAUAUUAGUAAAGAAUAUCUUUGUCCUCAACGAACACGUAAAAAAUAUGUAUCAAUAAGUAAUGAAUGUCAUACAAAACGAUUUAGUACUAUGUUUGAUAAUUAUUCUACGCAUAUGUUUGGUAUUUUUAUGAUUUUUUGGAUUCUUUGUUUACGACGUUUUUGGCAACGUUAUUUAGCUCGAUUUCAAUAUCAAUGGAAUGCAUAUGAAGAUCAACGUCGUCAUGAAUUAACUCGUUCAUCAUUUUUAAUACAAUCAACAAAAUCAAAAAUUAAUCGAAUUAAUGGUAUUGAAGAACCUUUUAUACCAUUAUCAAUUAUAUUUAUAUGUCGUUGUCUUUCAUUUUUUGUUAUGCUUAUUUUUAUUGGUUUAUCAACAUUAAAUAUUAUUUUAAUGUUAUAUAUACGUUUAAAAUUAUUUAAAAUAUUUCAUUCAAUUAAAUAUGAAUUUAUAAAAGAAAAUUCAUUUAUUAUUAUAAGUAUUAUAACAUCAACAAUAUCAUUAAUAAUAAGUGUUAUACUUGAUUUUAUAUUUACUUAUAUAGCUAAUAUAAUGACAGAAUUUGAACGACAUAGAUAUCAAUCAAAUUUUGAUUCAAGUUUAACAUUAAAAUUAUUUAUCUUUGCAUUUGUAAAUUAUUAUUCUGUUCCAAUUUAUGCGGCAUUUUUUAAACCAUGGAUAUCAUCAUUACCAACAAAUAAAAUCUCUGGUACAGUAUCCUAUUUUGUUUUUACUGAAAAACUUGAACCAUGUAAUGAUCUAACUGGAUGUUCAUAUGAAAUAAGUGUAAUUUUAUUAAUAACAUUAAUUGGAAAACAAUUAGUUAAUGCACUUAUUGAAAUAUUAACAAUAAAAAUUUUAAAUUUUUUAAAUUAUUUUCAUUAUCAUAAAAAUGAAUUAGAUAAUAAUAAUAAUAAUAAUCAAGAAAAAGAAGAUAUUGAACAACAAAAAUCAUUUACAUCAAAAACGGACAUAACUGAUGACGUCACUAUAUAUAGCUAUGGAGAAAUAACUACUACUACUACUACAGAACAAGCACCUUGGGAAACAGAUAUAUAUUUACAACAUGUUGGACGUCAGCAACUAUAUGAUGAAUAUAUUGAAAUAAUGGUUCAAUAUGGUUUUAUUGCAAUGUUUUCAAUAGCUUUACCAAUAGCACCAUUUUUAGCUAUGAUUAAUAAUUUAUUUGAACUUCGUACAGAUGCAAUAAAACUUUUAUUUGAAUUACGUCGACCUAUUGGUGAAUUUGCAUAUACACUUGGUAUAUGGGAAAAAAUUUUUGAUGCUUUAUCAAAAAUUGCUAUACUAACUAAUAUACUUUAUUUAUUAAUAACAUGUGAUUUAAUAUCGAAAUUAUUUUAUAUUUAUAUUAAAAAUAAAAUUACAUUAAAUGAUUAUCUUAAUUAUACAUUAUCAUAUUUAUAUAUUAAUGAUUUAGAUGAUAAAGAUGAAAUUUUUGAAGGAAAACAAUUAAAUAUAACAUAUUGUCGUUAUCGAGAUUUUCGAUAUGAUUAUGGUACAAUUUUUUUUUUCUUCUUAUAUUUUACAUAA